UAGCCCUAAGCCCAUGGAUUUAGGAUACCAGAAGAGCAAGAUGUAAAAACAGUGUAUCCUUGUGCACAACUUAGAAGAAAUGUGAUCAUUUACAUGGCAACUUGUGAAAAGUACGGAUGAUUUUUUUCCUGAUAGGAUCAUACCUUGGGCACCACACAUCCGCAGAGCAUCAGAAGCUAAGUGGGUACCUAAGAGAUCCACUGUGCUGUCAUAAAGACUCCCUGCCUGGAUAUGGUGAUGUUCAUGUGGGGGGGGCCAUGGUGUGCUCAUUUGUGAUCUGAGAGUUCAUCUGAGUUAGUCUUGUGAGGUAACUGGAGCUUAGGACUCAGGGGAACUCACCCUAGGACACAAGAUGCCCAUCAAACCAAUCGGGUGGAUAUGUGGGCAGGUGUUAAAGAGAUUUUCUGGACAAGUUUACCUAAUUCAGAGAACAGUUGUGGAAAUUAUAGAUGAGAUUAAGGAUGAAUUUCCAACCAUAAUUGGAUUGCAACAGUCAAACCAGGAAAUUGUUCCCAUUCUACAAGCAUCCAGAUCAGUUGUGGCAAGUGCAUUCUCUUCAUCUCCUGGAGUAAGAGUUAUUAAUGGGCUAAACAGAAUAUCAACAUCUUCAAAAUCUGUUGCCAAAGUCUUGCAGCCACAACUUGUUCAACAUUUUGCAGAGUUAAAUACUAUGUCUCAUCGUCUUCUGAAAAAUGUAAACACACCAAAGCAGCCUCUCUAUAAAAAUCAGGGUAGAACAUUUUCCCUGUUCGAUGUGAUCUCCUAUCCAGCAAAGACUGCUCUCACCAGCAUAAUGUGUGCUUCCUAUGCAGCACUAAUUUAUGUGGCAGUCUCUAUUAACACAGUAUUAGGGAAAAUAAAAAACAUUGUUGAAGAAGAAAAGGCCUCAAGAGAAAACACUAAGAAUAAGGAAGAAAAAGAUGUAUUCACCAAAUAUGAAGAUUUAGCAAGUUACACUGUGCCCUCUCCAGAGAAGCAAGUCUUUUCUGAAUUUCCUGUUGAUUCAACUAAGAGCAGCAUUCACAUCCUACAUUCUGCACUGGAUCAAGAUACAGUACUUAGUAGUGGUACUGAAGCUCAAACAGGUUUGUGA